AUGCAGAAAGGCCUGAAGAAGUACUUCGUCAACAUGGACGAAUAUCUGUCCAGCCUCGGCCUCUACCGGAAGAUGGUAGCGCGAGACGCAUCCAGCCUCUUCAGGGCCGUUUCAGAACAGUUGUAUUUCUCUCAGAACUACCACCAGAAGAUCAGGCUGGAUUGUGCAAACUUCAUGAGAGCCAACAGAAGCAACUUUGAGCCGUUCGUUGAAGGUUCCUUUGAGAAGUACCUGCAGCGUCUGGAGGACCCUAAGGAGACGGUGGGUCAGGUGGAGAUCAAGGCUCUGUCCCAGCUGUACAGACGUUGUUUCCUGAUCUACCGUUACCCGGGGAAACCAGCCACGAUGAUCUCUGAGGAUGACUUUGUGGACAAGGUGACCCUGUGUUGCUCCAUCAAUGGUCACUAUGACAUCGUCUACCCGAGGAGUUAUCCCGCCUCUGCCGCCCUCUGUCAGUCGCUGCUGUACGAGUUGCUCUACACUCAGGUGUUUGGGGUGGAGGAGGUGGAGCUCUAUCAGGCCAUGGAGGCCUUCAGGGUUGGAGGGCGUCGCUAUAGAAACAGCCCUUCAGCGUGUAGCGACGUGGACGUUGGCUAUGACACACCUGAGGACCGAGGACAGAGGGAGGAGGUGGAGGCAGGUGGAGCCGAGGAGAAGAACCGACUUCUGAAUGAUGACUUCAAGCCUCCUGCAGAAGCUCCGCCCCCCUCCAGACUGUCUCUGCCCUAUAAAGUAAUCAAGUCUCUGGAUGGAGAGGUUUACAGGAACCUGGAGUUUGACGUGUGGCAGGACACCUGUAAAGAGAUGCAGAAGACGGACUACAUGGUGUUUGCAGGGAGGCAGUACUUCCUGGGAGACAAAUGUCAGGUGCGUCUGGAGCCAAAGGGGAAGUACUACAACGCCUUCAUCCAAGAAGUAGGAACUCACUCAACAGCCGUCACAGUCUUCAUCGAGGAACUCGGAGAGAAACACCUGGUUCCUCUGACUGACCUGAAGCCUGUUAAUCCGGUUCCUGCCUGGAACGUUGCUGCUCCCACCAGAAAAGGUGAUCUGGACGCCGACUCCCGCGGUCAGCGCCAUCACCGCCAUCGCUACUUCAGGAAGUCUCGGGGCAGCAGCGGGGUGAAAGGGGCGGAGCUACUGAUGCAGCCGCCAUCCUCUUAUGGAGGCCCCGCCCCCUCCGCUCUGCCACCCCGAUUCCAGCCAGCAGGUCACCCCCGCCCACCUGCCCCGCCCUCACCUGGAGCCAUGACCUACGACCCCUACGCCCCCCCACACCACCCCCCCACCGCCAGACCUCCUCGCUACGCCUCCAGAAGCUCCACCCGCUUCCUGAACCGUCACCUGAUUGGACCACAGCUGACCUAUUACCAUCCUGGCAGGCGAUACUACCACGACUACGAGAACUACGCCUUCAGGUCCCGUCGCAGUCGCCGUCAGCUGGCUCUCAACAAGGAGGUCCAGUUCGGGUUCCCAGCCGAGGCAGCGGAGGAACCGGCUGACCUGGACGCCGCCAUCGCCUACUACCAGCUGGACGACACCAAUGACAGCGUCUUUCCUCCGCUGCCGGGUCCUGCUGUAGCUUCUCCCCCUGCUAUGGGAGCCCCGCCCCCUCCAUCUGGCUCCUCCUACAGAGUCCAGCGAGGCUCGGGGCCCCUCCCUCCAGCACCUCCACCUGGAAACACUCCGGUCUGCUCAUCGGAGGAGGACCAGGAGGACACCAGCACCGUGGAGGACCAAGCUGAGUACAGCGAGGAGUUCCUCUACGGAGCCCAGGAUCAGAGCUACCAGCCCUCAGGUGUUUACGCUGCUGCUGAGCCCUCCACCAAUCAGGACGAACAGGACGACGGAACCACUUCUCCAGAGAGACCCGACAUGAACACCUACACCUUCACACAACAGGUGGUGAAGCCGCUCACUGUCAUCUGCUCUUCACCUUCAUCCUCCUCCUCCUCACCUUCCUCUCCAUCAUCACGAGUUCCUGCAGCUGCUCACCUGCCACCCGCCACUCACGCUCAGACACGCUCAGUCGCCAUGGCGAUCCCCGCUGCCUCUCCCUGGUUGGUCAAUGAGCUGGGAGAGCCGCUGUGCACCGUGGUGGCUCCGCCCCCUUACUCUUACGACCCCAAUGGCAGCGACUUACCGAGAGACUGCAGGGUUCUCCAGUACUACUUCAACCUGGGUGUCCAGGUAAGACGCACCUGCUGGAUCCCACCAGUAACACCAGUAAAACCAGUACCACCACUAACACCAAUAACACCACCAACACCACUAACACUAAUUAAACCAGUAAAACCAAAAACGCCAGUGUUACUGGUUCCUUCAGUUCUAGUGUUGAAUCUUUGGUUGGUUCACAGUAAAAUUAAAAACUCAGAAUCAGAGAAACCAACAAAUCCAGAGUUUAAACAGCAACAGGAGAGAAAAACUCCAUCAGAACCAGCUCAGGGAGGCAGAGGUCUGCCUGGACAGGUGGGUCAGGGUUCAUUUUACCACCAGAGCUGCUGGCAGCAGCAGGUAUUUCCUUCCUCCUCACCUGACUCCUCCUACCAGCCCUACCCCUCCUACCUGACCAGCCAGGACCCGCCCCUGCACGCUGCCCCUCAGUCCUCCCAUCAGCCCCCCCCUCCUACCCAGAAUCCACCAGGGCAGCAGACGGACAGACGGACGGACACGGAGGUGAGUCCUGAUGAGCUUUACCUGAACACAGUCCCCGCCCCUUCAGCAGAGGGCCCCUCCUCUGCGAUCAGCCCCGCCCCUCCAAGCUCUGCCCCCUCUUCCGCCAUGCUAUACCCGGACCAGACGUCCCUCCACCCUCCCCCUCCGCUGCUGCACCUGCCAUAUGAAGCUCCGCCCCCUGCUGCCUACCUGACUGCUGCCCCGCCCCCUCACCCCACCCACCUGCCUCAUCACUCCUCCUACCACCCCUGCCUCCCCCCCUCCACCCACUGGGGGCAGCUCACCGGUGGAAGCCACACCCCCCGACUCUAUUGCCCCGUCCCCAGCCCCGCGCAUGUUGUUGGUUACAUCACUGCCCCACCCACUCACCACACGGCCACCCACUACAUCCCCCCCACCAUGUAG